AAACAGAGGCUUUUUUGAUUCGCUUUUUUUUUUCUUUGCUGAUUGAUAUGAUGAUGAAUAUAAGCAUUUGGCGGCCUUUACUUUUGAAUAGCAAGAGUGCGCCAGUGAUAUCGACGUUUAUUCGUCAUGGAGCGUCAUUAACUGCUAUUGGAGCAGUAGACAAUACACCACCAAGAAACGAGGUUAGAUUGCCAGAACAUUCAGCCGAAAGGGCAAGAUUAAGAAAACUAUUGCCAUUAAGACCAGGGUUAAUUGGAGUGAAAAAGGGGAUGGUGCCCUUUUUCACUGAGACAGGAGAAAGAAUAGGAUGCACGUUAUUAGAGAUUAAUGCAGUUGAAGUGUUACACAACAAGACAGCUAAAGUGGAUGGAUAUUAUGCAGUUCAAUUGGGGUAUGGUAUUCAAAAGGUCAAAAAAGUGACUAGACAGUUGUUGGGACAUUGCAGUAAAGCAGGAGUGUCACCUAAAAUGAAAAUCUGCGAGUUUCAAGUGUUGAAUGAAAAAGGAUUAGUGCCAGUUGGAAGCGAAUUGAAGGCAGAUCAUUUUAAAAAGGGUGAUUUUGUUGAUUUGAUUGGAAUUACAAGAGGAAAGGGAUUUCAAGGUGUUAUGAAGAGAUUUGGAUUUGGAGGAGGAGGAGCCUCUCAUGGUGUUUCCAAAGCACAUCGUACUGGUGGAUCAUAUGGACAGUGUCAAGAUCCCGGUAGAGUUUUGCCUGGGAAGAAGAUGCCUGGGCGUAUGGGAGGUAAUCAGAGAACGGUUCGAAACAGUCAAGUUGUUGAAGUGAAUGCCGAGAGAGGAUAUAUAUUGGUUAAAGGAGGAGUUCCAGGUUCUGAUGGAGGAUAUAUCAAGAUACGUGAUUCCAUCAAGGAGCUUUCGAAUAAGAAGAAUUACAAGACUAAUUAUCCGCAUAUGGUAUGAAAGAAAGCUGGGUAUAAAAGAUACGAUAUACAGUGAUUUAUAGCGAAUGAUGAUAGUGAAUAUAAAGACUUGUGAAUAAAU